AUGGCUCCCGUCAAUAUCCUCCUCUCGUCCUUCCCCGGACUGUCGCUUCCGUCUACUGUCUCCUUUUCUCUGCCCUCGACAUCGACCGUCGCCGACCUCACAGAACGGGUCGCCUUAUACCUCCCAUCCGCAUCUCUACUGCACUCUCUCACCCUUACUACGACCAACAACAAAGAACUCAUCCCCUCAUCUCAAAACCUUCAGUCCUUCCUAUCUAUCGACAAUGGCGACUCGACCACAACCUCUACGCUCCUCCCGCUCCGACUCACUGUCGCCCUACGCGGCGGCAAGGGUGGAUUCGGGUCGCAGCUGCGCGCAGCCGGUGGCCGCAUGUCCAGCAAACGCAAGCGCAAUCAAGGUGACAACAACAGCUCCAGCCGCAACCUCGACGGUCGACGCCUGCGCACCGUCAACGAAGCCAAAGCGCUGGCGGAGUACCUCGCCGUCAAGCCCGAGAUGGACAAGAAGGAGAAAGAGGAACGCCGGCGCAGAUGGCAGGCUGUGGUGGAGAUGGCAGAGAAGCGUCAGGACGAGCUAAAGAAUGGCGGUGGCAAACAUAAGAUUGAUGGGCAGUGGAUGGAUGAUAAAGAGGAAAUGAACGAGAAGGCCAGGGAGGCGGUUAUGCAGGCUAUGAAGGAUGGUGCCUGGACGGAUAGCCUGCGGGACGCGAUUCUGGGUGGGUCGAGCACCAGCGCUAGUGAGGGCAGUGAGCAGUCGACCUCAUCCAGUUCGGAGGAGGAUGAGGAUGAGGAUGGCGACGACACUGCAGCCAAUCACGGAGAGGGCCCAUCUGCGCCCGCUCCAAAGACCGUCCCGCGGAAGUUCAUUGGGUUCGAUGAUGACGAUGAAUUUAUGAGUGACUCUGACCUCGAGGACGAGGUCGAUUCAUCCGCCGACAAGGGCAAGGGCAAGGCGCGUGCUUAA